AUGUGGCAAAAUGGCACCCAUACUUCAUGGGAGACCCCUCCUUCAACGAAGACCCCAAGUCCCCACGAUAGCUAUUCAGCACCUUUACAGUGUGUGGCUGAAGCAGAGUUCCAGCACCUGCUUCUUCCAAUUACCUACAGUGUGGUUUGCAUGCUGAGCUUGGCCUCCAAUGGUGUGGCCUUGUGGAGCUGCUGGGCCAACCGGGCCCGGGCCCCACCUGUCAUGACCUUCAUCUACAACCUCAUUGUCAUUGACCUGCUGUUUGCGCUCUCGCUGCCAUUACAGGCUGUGUAUCAUGUGAGGAACAAUGACUGGCCUUUUGGCGAGAAUCUGUGUAAAGCCACCAACGCACUCUUCCUGGCCAACAUGUUCAGCUGCACCCUUUUCCUGGCCUGCAUCUGCCUGGAGCGUUACCUCGCUGUCAUUCACCCUGUCCACUACCUGAGCCUGAGGUGGCCCCUCAGCCGUGUGUUUCUGUCCUUGGCUAUCUGGGUGCUGAUUGGGAUUGGACUACUGACACUCUUCACCAAGAGCUCUGUGACCAGUCAGUUCCCAAAUGGGAAUACUGCCUGCAUGGAGAAUUUCCCAGCUCAUGUAUGGAGUGGACGCCUGGGGGGCAUGGUUCUAGCCUCUUCUGCACUGGGCUUCUUUGUGCCUUUCCUCACCAUAGUCAUCUGUUCCGUAGUGAUUGCCCAGCGCCUCAUUCAUCUGAGCCAGGGCUCAGCUCAGGCUUCUUCACUGCGGAGGCACUCUCUCCGCACCCUCCUGAUGGUGACGGUCCUGCUCACACUCUGCUUUCUACCAUUCCAUGUCAUCUACACGCUACACACACUUGGCCGGAUUGGUGUCCUGUCUUCUCCAGGGCUUCUGCAGUUCACCUGUUCAGCCCAACGGGCUACCAUGGCCCUUGCCAGCAUCAACAGUGCUCUUGAUCCACUGGUAUACUACUUCAGCAUGGAACUUGCCCACUGGAAAUUGCCCUGCUGCGGCACAAUCCUUCAGAAGCUUAAGGGUUCAGGCGAUUCCGCCAUGACAUCCUUGCUGCUGCUGCCGCUGCUGCUGGUGGUUCUGAGCCCAGGGGAGCCAUUCCUGGUGAGAUCCCAGUAUUAG